AAAGAGUGAUGUAGUUUAUGAUGCACGUUUCCAACCUCGCCCAUCAUAGGCGGAAGAAAGAGCCAGCCCGUCACCUCCUUCCCACUAUUUGGAUGACAAUGGGGUGACAUGGUGACAAGAUAAAAAGACCACUGAUCUCCUCCAUCUUCUCUUCUUGCUUUGUAUCCACGAAAACACACCGAUUGAAACUCAACCUCAGAACAAUACAUAAUAUCUUGACUCACCACCUUAGCACAUCAUAAUCACCAAAUCACCAUGGGUGCCGUUGUUUCCUGUAUACAAUCACUCUGCCGCACCGUCGGCAAUGUCCUGAUGUCCAUCGUCAGUGGCAUCGGAGCUAUCAUCACAGCCAUUGUCAACGGCAUUGUCUCCUUCUUUAACAUCAUCAUCUCGUGCCUCACUUGCGGACGCACUGGACGCUCACGAGGCACUCGAUCACACCGCACCACGACUAGGAGUCGUAUAUGACGUUGAGACACAGACACAUGGCAGUUUGAAGCAGACCAGGAGGCAUGCGAGGGAGGGGGCCUCGACGAUACACACCCACAGAUCAACAGCGCUUUUCCUUUUAGUUAGUACGAUACCCUCGCCGCCCAGCGCUUUGUAUAGUAAACGAUGAACGAUGUUGAGAACCAUAGAAUCUUC